AUGAUAAUCAGAUAUUGGCCUAAAAUCCGACAACUUAUCUCUGCUUUACAACGGUACUACCGCAGAACAUAUUCCGGUUUCCAUGAGCUUGUCAACACAAGUAAUGGUGUAGUCAAUGGGGCUGUCGGACCUGAUCAUAUUAACGAGCCCAGAAGAGGCAAUAACUAUGUUUUGUUGGCUGCAUCCCACCUAAACCACUACAACAAUUUAACGAGUCUACUUUAUGUCGGUUCCAACAACUUCUUUUUUGAGACGACAUUUGAUGGCGUGACUGAUUUUCUUGUCUUAAUUGAUGUGGCUGAAUUACAUGGCGUGGUAGAUUACGACAGGCUCAUGCCGAAGGUGGUGUUACGUCGCCCUGGUAAACAUAAGAAUGUUGUUUGCCGCUCCAAAGAUAUCGUUUGUAACUCAUAUAGCAUCACAUUCUCAGGGAAUUGCUAUACUCGAAGAUGGGAUAAUGCGAGUAACCUUUAA